AUGGAUUACUGCAGCCAGACCACUCUAGUCCCAUGUGGACAAGAUAAAUACAUUUCCAAAAAUGAACUUCUGGUACAUCUGAAGACCUACAAUUUAUAUUACGAGGGCCAGAACUUGCAGCUCCGGCAUCGAGAGGAAGAAGAUGAGUUCAUUGUGGAGGGUUUAUUGAACAUCUUCUGGGGCUUGCGCCGACCCAUCCGUUUGCAGAUGCAGGACGACAAUGAACGGAUCAGGCCCCCUCCCUCCUCUUCCUCCUGGCACUCUGGCUGCAACCUGGGAGCUCAUGGGUCCUUAAUGAAGCCGGUUGCCAUCCCCGAUAUUCAGAUAACAGACACAGAUGCAACCCCUGGAGGUGAGAGGAGGCUUAGCCCGACAGGCUCCAGAGACCUGAAGCCCCUCCAAGAAGACACCCCUCAGCUGAUGAGGACACACAGCGAUGUUGGAGUCCGGCGGCGGGGCAAUGUGCGCACCCCCAGUGACCAGCGGCGUAUCAAGCGGCACCGUUUCUCCAUCAAUGGCCACUUCUACAACCACAAAACAUCUGUGUUCACCCCAGCCUAUGGCUCCAUCACCAAUGUCAGGAUUAACAGUACCAUGACAACGCCUCAAGUCCUCAAGCUCCUACUCAAUAAAUUUAAGAUUGAAAAUUCUGCUGAGGAAUUUGCUUUAUAUAUUGUUCAUACUAGUGGAGAAAAACAGAAGCUAAAGGUCACAGAUUACCCCCUGAUUGCCAGAAUCCUCCAGGGUCCCUGUGAACAGGUCUCUAAAGUCUUCCUCAUGGAGAAGGACCAAGUAGAAGAGGUCACCUAUGAUGUGGCCCAGUACAUAAAAUUCGAAAUGCCAGUCCUGAAGAGCUUCAUUCAAAAACUCAAAGAGGAAGAAGACCGGGAAGUGAAGAAACUAACGCGAAAAUAUACAGUCCUCCGAUUAAUGAUCGAACAGAGAUUAGAGGAGAUAGCGGAAAGCCCAGCCACGAUCUAA